CCCAAAAACCAAACAGACAUUUAUAUAUUUGAAGGAGGAUGGCGUCGAAGUUGGUGGAGUUGCAGGCGAAAGCAGUGAAGCAUGGAGGGUUAUACUACAAGCAGCUGUUGGAUCAAAAUAAACAACAUAUUCAGCAUCCACCCACCAUAGAAACAUGCCAACUAUUAGCCAAACAACUCCUUUACACUCGUCUUGCCAGUAUCCCUCACCGUCGAGAGGCAUUUUGGAAAGAACUAGAGUCACUCAAGCAAGCAGCGAUGAGGCGGCCGGAGAUGAACAUAGAGAAAGCUGGCAUCAUUGCGCUGUUUGGGGUCGAGUGCUUUGCUUGGUUCUAUGGCGGCGAGGUCAUUGGCAGAGGAUUUACAUUCACAGGUUACUACUAUGUAUAACCAUAUCAAAAUCUCUCCUUCACAACUUAAAACUUGUUGGGUUUAAUCACAUUUGGUUUUUCACUCUAUUUACCUAUCACGAUAUAUACGU